UGUAUUUCAUGUCUGGAUAAUACGGUGACAGGCCUCUUACACAAACGAAAGAUAGGCUAAAUAAGCACAACACAGGGGGGGACAGUGAUUUGCCAGAGUUGCAGGAGACGGGACAUGCAAGGCCUCGCCAUUCCCCACUCAUGACAUGGAGUUCCUUUAUGCAACUGGACACUGUGUAUGUGCCGUCUGUACAGAGCAGCUGAUGAUGCUGUGCUCUGGGGUGGUGAAAACUCCACAAGACUUUUCUUGACCUUUAAAUACCCCUCAUGUUUGGUAGUAGGUGCCUUUUGCUGGAUACCAGAGGUCUUUUAUUGGUGAACAGAGAAGGAUGAUGGCAGGCAAUAACCAGCUUUGUAUUCGACGUUGGACUACCAAGAAUGUGGCCAGGUGGCUGAAGGAAGAAGGCUUCUGUGAAUACGUGGAUAUUUUGUGCAAUAGACACAGGCUAGAUGGAAUUACGUUACUGACACUUACUGAAUAUGACUUACGAUCCCCUCCUUUAGAAAUCAAGGUCCUGGGAGAUAUCAAAAGGCUAAUGUUAUCCAUACGCAAACUACAAAAACAACAUAUUGAUGUCCUAGAAGAGCUGGGUUACAGCAGUGAUAGCCAUCUUAGCACGGUGUGCCCUAAUGUUGGUUCGCUUCAAGGUACAGAUUGGUUUUGUAAUGGUGAAGUACCUCGGGACUAUGAUGGACCGAUUACUGACUUGAAUGGUGAUCAGUAUCAAUACACAAAUGGAAAAAACAAACAUUGUAUGCGAAGGUUGGACCCAGAGUACUGGAAGACAGUUUUAAGUUGUGUAUAUGUCUUCAUAGUGUUUGGCUUUACAUCAUUUGUUAUGGUUAUAGUACAUGAGCGAGUACCUGACAUGCAAACAUAUCCACCUCUACCAGACAUAUUUCUAGACAGUGUCCCUAGGAUACCAUGGGCUUUUGCUAUGACUGAAGUGUGUGGUGUAAUUCUUUGCUAUAUUUGGCUGUUGGUUCUUCUCCUUCACAAACACAGAUCUAUACUUCUGCGAAGAUUGUGCAGCCUCAUGGGGACAGUAUUCUUAUUACGUUGCAUUACAAUGUUCGUUACCUCACUCUCUGUGCCAGGCCAGCACCUGCAGUGUACUGGAAAGUUGUAUGGCAAUGUUUGGGCAAAACUACAGCGGGCAUUUGCAAUAUGGAGUGGCUUUGGUAUGACUCUGACUGGAGUACAUACGUGCGGAGAUUACAUGUUCAGUGGCCAUACUGUUGUCCUGACAAUGCUCAACUUCUUUGUCACAGAAUAUACUCCAAGGAGCUGGAACUUCUUGCAUACUUUGUCCUGGGUCCUGAAUCUCUUUGGAAUCUUCUUCAUUUUGGCCGCACAUGAACAUUAUUCUAUAGAUGUCUUCAUUGCCUUUUACAUCACUACAAGACUCUUCUUAUAUUAUCAUACAUUGGCUAAUACUAGAGCAUAUCAACAGAGUCGGAGAGCAAGGAUCUGGUUUCCUAUGUUUUCAUUUUUUGAAUGCAAUGUUAAUGGUACUGUUCCCAAUGAGUAUUGCUGGCCCUUUUCAAAACCUACAAUAAUGAAAAGAUUGAUUGGCUGAGGAAUGUAUGGGUUAAUUCAGAUGCUUGUAAAGCAUUAUGACCAAGACCCUACAAGGCUAGCUGGGGGGAUAUAAAAUAACAUUUUUCACUCCGUGGUCUCCUCCUCGUCGUCUCGUUUCUUACGAUUCUUGGUCAUAGAACAGGCUAUCCCAUACUUCACAGGGAUGUGUUUUGUUUUGUUUUUGCUUAAAUAGAAAGCAAGACAGAGAUGGGUAAAGGCAAUCACUGAAUCACGAAUAUGAACCAGAAGACUGUUACCCUUUAUAAGGUUCUAUGUGGAUGUUUAACCUCAAAUAUGUGCUUGUAUUGAAUAUAACCUUUCUUUUAGAGGUCCAAAUACUUUCCGUUAUCUGACAUGUCAGCCUUUACACAUACUGACUUAAAAAUUAGUACUUUACAUUGACUUUCUUUUAAAAGUCAUAAUUUAAUUUUUAAAAUGAACUCUCUGUGCACCUAAGGAUUGAGGAGUAUUGUGUCAUAAUGAGGAAUGCAGAUGUUCCGUGCUGAAAGGAUCUCUCACUCGUUAAGUAUCAAGUCUUAAAGUAUAAUUGACAAUGUAAACAGUCUGUCUACAGGAUGCCAAAAAUGAAAGUCUGCCUUGUGGGUAUGUAGUGAUGACGUGUUGUUGUGUGGCUUUUUUAAUGAGAGCUUAUUUAGUCAAAUCUAUCAGUUGUCUAUGCAGUUGUUCUAGCUCUCGCAAGUUUUCCCUUUCGUGUUUCAAUAAAUGAGUUAGAAAUAAAUGCUACGUCCACUGAAAGUAAAGUUAACUUAGCUUUAGUGCUUUUAAAGCCACAAAAUAACUUUUCUGUGUGGUUUUAAUUGCUUUAUAUCCAGACCUAUGCAUGCUUUUUAUGAGCAUCUGUUUAACAGAGGAAAAAUACAAUAGUUAUCUUCACGUAUUUUACUGUCCCGUAAAUUAAUGGGGAAAAUGCAUGUAGUAAAUCUUUCAGGAAAAGUGUAAUAGUGAAUUUUGGAGGUAGUGCUCAUAUUGAUCUUUCUAUUUUAAGGUAUGUUUUAUCACUCUGGUGUCAACAGUAUGGUGAAUAUCUCUGGAUAUAUAUACACAGUAUAUUUGGAUAUAUAUAUACAGUUUUGUUCUUCUAACAAGUAUGAAGAAAGACUAGUUCUUAAUUUCUUUACUACACUGAAAGAUAAAAGUACCAUUAGCAGUUUAGUUCUAGUUAUAAAAAUCACUCUGAGUGUGUAAUAUGUAAGCAGGGGAUCACACAGCUGGUGAUUUCUUAUGCAGUGGUUUAUAAGAAGACUGCUACCAUUGGUGGGAGAGAUUUGAAAUUAGGCUUAUGCCGAGAUUUAGCCUGAUAGGUGUAAGUUGCAACUUGCAAAAAGCAUGUAGCCCUUUUAAUUAAAUUACUGCCAUUUCAGAAUAGGUGGUAUUUGUAGAAGAUAGUGUGAAAGGUAGUGUAAGUCAGCCUUGGGAAGUUGCGUGAAACUUUUUGAGCUUGGUACAGACUCGCUUAUGACCAUAAUGUACAUACAUUUGCAUGGAAAAGAAUCCCUUUGGUGGAAUCUUGCCAGACAAUUUUGUAUUUGGAAGUUUGUAACCUACUGUGGUCUACUUCUCUAAGUUUCUUUUAUAAAUCUGAUUUGUACUAGAAAUAAUUACUAACUUGACAGUCUUCCUCUCGUCAUAAUAUAUUACUUUUGUAACUUAAUUUAGCUCCUAUUUCACAGAGGAAUUGUACAUCUUAGAGUAUCUGUACCAAGUGCAUUGAGCACACGUUGUUCUGUUCUACGGACUUUUGUAUUUGUAACAUUCCAAUUUUUAGCAAAAUUGCAAGUAUAAUACUGUGUUGUUCAAUCCACUGUAGCCUAAUGGCUUCUGCCAUCCAAAUUGGGGGAGUAUGCUUAUAUUUAACAAAAAAGAGAAUAUAUUGUGAAAGACUUACUCAUUUGCUGUCCUUGCCUUUCUGAUUUAGGAAAGGCAGUUUGAACAUUCCUCCUGAAACUUGAUAUAAGAAUUUUAUUUACUAAUUUAAUUUGUCUUUGUAAUGCAUGCACAGUUAUGAAUGCUGUUUUAUACUCUUAAGAAACCAUCUGUUUUCAUGAUGUGCAGGGUUGUAUUCUGAGUUAUAACAUAGGGAAAGGUAUGCAAUUAAACUUGCAAAGCUGUUGAUUCUGUAAAGAACCAUGUCAGUGCUAACUGGCACUCCUGUGUCUUCAUUGAAAAACAAUUUUGAAACUUAGUCACUCAGCACAGUUUUAAAGUAUAGCUCAGUGUAAUGAUGUUUACAUGAAGUAAAGGUAUCAUUUCAAUACUAGGAUUUUUUUAUUGAGUUUAAAUACUUUGAAACGUAAGACUUCUGAAUUUAUUUUCUCAAAUUCUGUUAAGUAAAUCAGUGUAUGAAGUCAGCAUUACUUAUCAGUGUUUUUUUUAAAAGAAAUGUUUUCUUUUUGUGCUGAUUUCCUUGAUGCUAUAUAUCUGUGUCCAAGAUGCAUGGUAUAGAGAGGUUCAUUUUGGGAGAACUGGAUUGGGUUAAAAUACUGUCAGGCUAUAACUGUCUUCUGUUCUGGAAGUUAAUUUUUUCUUUCUAUAAACACACAGGUGGAAGACUUGAAAUUGUUAGAAAACAGAAUAUUUGAUUUCACUUGCAAAAUAGCACAGGUUAGUCCUUAGAGUUGGUAGAAUAAAUUUUAUUGUUAAUUAAAUAGAAAUGAGCUGCAAGCAACUGACAGGCUUACAAUUCUGUGCCUCCUUUUUACGGAAUAAAAGCUUUAAAAGGGUUUUUACUGUUUCUCUGCUGCUGACAAGCCUUUUCAAAUGAAGGCAGCAGAACACUGGUGGACCUCAGAGAUAAUGCUAAAUGUUUGGGCUUGAUCUCUCUCCCUUGUGCUCAUGCACCAGUCCUUUGGCCUUCCUUGUUGCAUCUUUCUCACACAUAUCUUGUGUGGUCUGGGAGAGUGCACGCAUCUGAAUUCAGGGUAACGAAUGAGUCAUGUUAGUUCUUUACCCAGGGAGUGCAAGUGACUAAGAAGAACACGAGCAGGUACUAUCAGGUGCACAGAUUAAUCAAAUAGAAAGUCUGUCUAACUUUGAAUAACUCUGGAUGUACAGAAGAGGCAGAAGGCGUGCUUUAUAUGCUUUUUUUUUUUUUUUUUCUUGGUAAUUUGGCAAAUCCGAUAAUACUUAAGACUUUGGAAUAGUCCUAAGCUCUUCCUUAGUGCUAUCAAUUUGGGUUAUAUUUGGGGUGGAUGUGUGGACGUACGUACAUGUAUGCACACACUUAGGUGAUAGGAAGGUGAUAGACUUAAGGAUCUUGCAAGUAUACUGCUUGUGAUGAAGCAAACUAUAUGCUUAACUCUAAGCAAAUGACUAAUUACUAACUUCAGUGAGCGUUACUUGUUAAGUUUAAGCCUCUUUUUGGAUUAUGGCAAGUGCAUACUCUGCAUAUACCAUGGUAUACUGAUGCUGUUAUGGGAAUAGAUAAUGUCAUUUUCUUUUCAGUUUAUCCUGACUUUUCAUCUGUUGUAGAAGAAAAAAUGUUCCAAUAGAAUUUUUAAUACUGCUUAAAUGGGUUCUGAACCAAAAAAACCCCCAAACCAAUGCUUUUUAAAAAAUGCAUCAAAGUGUGGCAAAAGCCUUGACAGUUAGCUGUUUUAAGAAGAAGAAAUCAGUGAAAUUGACUGGGGGGGGAGCUAUUUCAGAUGCAAACAUUAAAUGAAAUGUUAUUUAGCAGUAUUAAAGUCCCUUAGCAAAGAUAAAACUAAAGGUUCCUAUACUUAUUUUCCCCCCUUCUACAUGGCUAGCUAUAUGUGGUAUCUUUUUUUUAAUGCCAGAAAGAAUAUCUGUGGAAAAGAGGGAAGGAUGGAACUCCUGAGAUAAAUACAAGUCUCUUGCAACAGUUAAUAUCUCCUUUUUAGCAGCACUUGCAUGCUUCAGUGUUGUGCUUGUUUGUUUCUAUUUCGCUCUGUUUUUUUUUUUUUAAUGUCUGCUGAGGUUUGCAAGCACCAAAACUAUUGUGGAGCUGAAUCUUAAUCACUAAAUAUCUAUUUGAAGAAAUACAAGAUGUCUUGAACAAAUAAAUGUGGAUUUUGUGGAUUUGGAGUGUCACAGUGGAGAAGUAAUCAAUAAUGACUAUAACAAAUAGUAUUUUAUUCUGUCUAUGUAACUGCCACUGCAGAGAUGGGAGAGUGUGCUGGAAUCAGUGGAGGAUGUUGACUUUUGUGGUUGUUUUGAAUAAUCUAGCAUUAUUUAUUAGAAGGUUGACCUGUGACUAUGGAACUGUCAUAAUCUUAAAGGGAGUGUGACAGAAGUCCUAGUAGUGAGCCAGUGCACGCUCUAAAUUAUGUUUUGCUAGUAAGACUUUUUGAAUCGGGAAUUAAUUGGUAGAUCACUGGUCAUCCAUAUAGAUUACUACUUCUGAUGCAUGUUUCAUGUUGUCACUAUCCUAAUUGAAACAGUAUUUCUGGAAAAAGUCCUUUGGAGUGAACCCGCAGGUGACUUGCUCAUUGUUUUAAGAAAACCAUCCCGAAAAACCUUACAACCCUUCAAACACUAUAGUAUUGUGAACAGUGAACUUUUCAUAUAGCAGUUUCUGCAGUACUUAUCAUUUGUAUCUUAAAGUUGCAGUGAAUAUAACAUGCAUAAUUUAGAGAGAUGCACAUUUUCAAAUCCAGUUUGUAAUAGAUGUGUAAGAACUUAAAAUGUUCAAUGUGGAGCACAGUAACCGGACCUGUUAGCCAAGUGACUACAUAGUUAAAGACUUACUGUAACUUAGUUUUGAUGUCUCUUUCUAUUCAAUUUUCAUAAAUGAGAAAUUAGUCAAAUGUAAGAAAUCACAGACUGCAUUGUACACAGUAUAUAACAUAAUAGGGAUGUAGAAACAUGACUUUUUACACUAAACAGUUACUUCAAUUUUGUUCCCAUGGAGAAAAUAGUAUUAUGUAAUGGCUGGAAGGUAAGCCAGUGAAGUUUAAAGCAAGUACUGUAAAUAAGUAAAUAUUGUUUUGAUUCUAAACUCAGAUUGAAUUAAUAUAUUGUUUUAUAUCUUUGUUGUAUUAAAACAUAUUUAAAAGUACUAAAAUAAAAUAUUUGAAAGAUGGCAAA